CCAUGGCAGCCGAGGAGCAGAAGGACGACUUCAAGAUGGAAGAUUUGACUGACGUCAACAAGACCAUGAGCUUGGUCGUGAAGUACCUCUCAUUUGUGGAGAACAUGUCUCCAUUCAAGCUUGGACAGAUCGCUGAGAUGAUCACCAAGAUCAACAAGGAUGCUGGAGAGGCUGUUGCUCCCUACUUUGCUGGUGGACAGGUUGUCUUCCUCCUCCUCUUCGUUGCCUACUUCGUGGUCAGCGUCGUGGCCUUGGCUGUGGAUGCCGACGCCAUGAGCUGCCCCUGUGCCUCGGAGUCCUGGAUCUGGCUCUAUGCCCUGCUCGUGAUCAGCAUCAUCACCUUCUUGGGCUUCAUCAUCUUCGUCGUUCAGUGGGUCCUCAACCUCAUCAACGUUCAGAUUCCAGACUCCGCUCUCUCCCUCCCCAGCCCCUUGGCGAUGACCACCUUCGCCGUCCUUGGUAUCAUUCUCUGGGCCGGAAUGUCGGAGAAGUGCGACGACUUCUAUGCCAGCAACCACGGAAUGCUCCUGACCGUCUUCCACAUCAUGGUUAUCGUCAUGUCCAUCGCCUCCGUCGUUGGUUUGUCCACCUUUGUUGGCCAGAUCAUCACCGACAUCAGCAGCUACUGGAACCAGUUCUCCUCCCAGUACUUGCCCAUCGGCGAGAAGAAGGAUGAGGACAAGGCAUGAAUGAAGCAGUCACCUUGAAGCCCUUGACGCGGCAACGUGCUCAGUAACUUUGUUGAAUCUGUUAUCCUUUAGGCUUGGCAGUCCCGCUGCUUUUAUAACUUAUGAAAUCACAGCUAGCUUGGUAUGAGUUUCUCAUUAAAUCUCGUACCUACAU